CCGAGAAAUACCAGAAUUAUCCCCAUAAAGAAACUUACCUUUUUGGAAAAUUCUACUGUGUGGAAUUGGAUGUACAUCACUUCAGGAAUGCCAAUACAAACCAAGUAGUUGCUUAAACCCCUUCAUCGUGAAGGUAGCUGCUGUUUUGGAGCCCCAAUGAUGGCCUCCACUCGCAGGACAGUGUUGUCACUGUACAUGAGGGUGUUUCGCAUUGCCCGAACCUGGCAGGCACAGAGCGGGGUUACGAGUGACACAGAGACUGAGAGGAAAUACAUACUUCAGGAAGCCCGGACUCUGUUUAGACAGAACCAGCAGCUCACAGAUCAAGAAUCAGUAAAGAGGUGUAUAGAAGAAUGUGAAGCAAGGAUAGAAAUAGGUCUACAUUACAGGAACCCAUAUCCAAGGGCUACCUAUCUACCGCCACUGGGACUGGCAACUCAGAAAGGCAGGAAACUGCGAGCACAGCAGCGUCUGAGGAAGCAGGCCAAGCCAAUUUACUUACAGUCACAAGACGAGACCUGAUGCUCGAUAUCCUCGCUCCUUGCCAAGAGUUCAAGUUACCAAGGACAGGAAACUAGAGCGCAGUCACAAACUGAUCUCGUAGGAUGAGUUGUUGCAGGCCAGUUAAUGAUGCCAGAACACCGUCAUUCAGGGAAAAGCCAUGUUUUCAUUGUCCUUUUUUUAACUUUUAGGCUUGUGUUCAGCUCAGGCAGCCUGUCAGCGUGGAGUGACCUGUAAUGUAAGAUCAAGUUGUAUUUUUAAUUUAUUUCUGUGUAAAAAUUGUUAUAAUAAAUGCUUCACACAUUCUUUCUAUAUUGCUAAAAGUUGGUGUUUAAUACACAAAUGCACAUUCAUUUUAAGUGAUUCUACUGCUGAGAAACAAAUUAAGCUGUCUGAACAGUAAUGUCUUGUAUUCACGUAAUAAAACUGUGAAGUUUU